CCUGGCAGUGGGCUUGAUGCUGGGACCAGUUCUUAGCAGCAUUAAAUGAGCGGGUAGGGCUGGGAGCGGCAGCCGGGCGCUGGAUUUGAGGACCCCAAGGAUCCUUCCUGCUGCGCUUGAUUCCUGGACCGUGAGAGACACCCCGCCAGCACCAUGACUCUGGCUGCCUACAAGGAGAAGAUGAAGGAGCUGCCCCUCGUCUCGCUGUUCUGCUCCUGCUUCCUGUCAGACCCCUUGAACAAGCCGGCGUAUAAAUACGAAGCAGACACCGUCGACCUCACCUGGUGCGUCAUCUCGGACAUGGAGGUCAUCGAGCUGAACAAGCGCACCUCGGGCCAGUCCUUCGAGGUCAUCCUCAAGCCCCCGUCCUUCGACGGGAUCCCUGAGUUCAACGCCUCCCUGCCCCGGCGGCGCGACCCCUCCCUGGAGGAGAUCCAGAAGAAGCUGGAGGCCGCGGAGGAGCGGCGAAAGUACCAGGAAGCGGAGCUCUUGAAGCACCUGGCGGAGAAGCGGGAGCACGAGCGGGAGGUCAUCCAGAAGGCCAUCGAGGAGAACAACAACUUCAUCAAGAUGGCCAAGGAGAAGCUGGCGCAGAAGAUGGAGUCCAACAAAGAGAACCGGGAGGCUCACUUAGCGGCCAUGCUGGAGCGCCUGCAGGAGAAGGACAAACACGCGGAAGAGGUGCGGAAAAACAAGGAGCUCAAGGAAGAGGCCUCGAGGUAAAGAGGCCAGGACGGCGGUGCUUGGGACUGACAGCUCCGGGGAAGCGAUGGCUGCCUCCGCGCGAGGCUGAGUGACGAAGGGAAAACGUUCCUCUGCUUUCUUUGUUUGUGAAUGUAAAGAAUUGACCAGUGAAGCCAUCCUAUUUGUUUCGGGGGCGGGCGGGAGCGGGGAAGAGAGGCGAGGGAGGGGUGCAUUUAUCGGGAGACACGCCGGCUUAGGGGCGUCCGUCUGAAAUCCGCUCCGGGGUCUCAUUUUUUCCUUCCACCCCAUCAGCGUCCGGCCAAGCGUCCAAGGGAACCGCGGCACGAGGGAGCGGACGGUCGGGGGAGGCGACAAGACGGGGGCGGGAUGGGGACGGGGGUGGCGCGUCGUGCGCGUGGCGUGGAUUUGGUGAGCAGGACCGAGCAGAGCGGGCGCCGCGCGCGCUCUCUGUAAUCGUGGGCAGGGAAGCCGUCUCUCGGGGUGUGUGUAGCCUUUUCUUCUCCUCUGUGUUUGCCAUGAACGUUGCUCAUCAAUAUAAACGAAACAUCUUC